CUGGCGCUGGUAGUAUGGCCACUCGCGGACUCAAGCGCCACCUGCCGCAACAAUAUGCUGGCUACAGUCGAGCGGGAUCCAGCAGUGGGAGCAUUCGGGUCCCGCAGCAGCAACCGCCGUUUCGAAUGCCGCCGGUGGCGCACAGUCCGCGACUCGCAGAGGCCCCAGCAACUCGCGGUCGCCUACAGUGCAGCAGGCAUUUGGUAUGCCGCCCAAUGAAGAUCCCAUGCAGUACGAGCCUUCGGGUGAGGCGCGUCAUCCGCGUGACAGCACACGAUAUGAAACGUGGACGUCCAAGCAGCUCCGUAAAAAGUGCUCGCACCUCAAACUUCGCGGCCUCAAGAAUGUGAAAAAGCAUGUGAUGGUGGAGGCGUUAUACCGGUAUUACCGAAAUCAACGCCUCAAAGACAAGGUAGACGCUGCCAGCGCCGAGAAGAUCGGCGCAUUUUCACAGCAGCAGAUCUCGUCGUCGCAGCAGCCCCAGCAGCGACGAAUGGAAGUUCGACGCCCGUCUAGCAACAAUGGCAGCUCCGUGUCGGGAGGACGCCACGACGUGCCGUAUCAAUCGCGGUAUGUCCAGCGCAGUCCCGGCCCCGCACAGUCUCCAUACGGUCCGUACAACUCGAGAUCGCGCAACUACGGCGACUAUGGCAGCCAAAGUCCGUCGCCUCCCUCGAGUGGAGGAGACAGGACCCCACACCCGCAACGCGGUGGCCCCAAGUCCAACAGCAAUGGAUAUUAUCUGGAUGACGAAUCCAAGGGCGAGUCGCAGUACAAGGAGGUGCCGGUGACGUCCGAAGACGUGAUCCGUCUGGUGGACGUCGUGCUGUCCCCCGAAUUCGUCGAUCGGUUGGCGGCUGAGCUGUCACGUUGGCAGUUCUGGGUGGACGUGCGAGAGAUGUACAUCGCGCUGUUGAGUCGGCAACAUCCGCCUGGAUCAGCUACCGCAACUGAAGGAGGACCCAUCGGAACGGGAGGAAGUGCCACGAACUCGCGCAAUUUCAAGUGGAGCAGCAUGCAGCUGUGGGAGAUCUGGAAGGAGCUGUCUUUCGCAUACACCAAGACUUGUUUCGAGUUCACCACUGCUGGUAUGAACAAGAGAGUGGACGACCGAGAGUACAUCAACUUCUGUGACGGCAGACCGGAUGUGUAUUAUCUGCAUCAGAGACUGCAUCUCCGGCCGGAUCUGUUGCAUCUGAUCAAGUCUAACGAAUACAUUGACGAAAAGUGCACCAGCGACGCGUCCGAGUCCAUCGCGCACGAGCAGCAACAAGCUCAGCAGCAGCAACAAGCCGGGCCAUUGGUGGGCUCGGGAUCUCCUCUGCUACGCGCUCACAAACGCUAUAAGCGGUCGUCCCCGGCGGCUGCUGGGUCGGCGUCCUCGGCAUAUAACAGCGCACGUGCCAUCGCAGCCUUCAGUGGUAAUACGCCUGGUGUUGACGCCCCGGGGGCCACUAAUGGAGGGAACGGGGGCGACAACGGAUGUGGGCAAGGCAGUGGAGACUCGCGGGGCCAUUCACCGGAAGAAAACAGCACCGAGAACUCGGAGACAACAGGCGAAGAAGGAAGCAGCAACACAGCCAACUCGAACGCAAGCAACAGCUCGCAGGACGUGUCAAUGCGCGCUGCACUGGCGGAGCAGAAGUAUUUUGGGCUGUUGCUGCAGAACUUCGAGGUGAUCUUUGAGUCGCUGCACAACAAGAAGGUUCUAUUGGCAACGUUGCGGAAGGACAGUAAGGCUCCGGACCACUUGAUCGCUGAUCUGCACGACGACAUUCACGUGCUGUCGGCACUCAAGAAAGAAUUCCGGAACAAGCUACGACGCACGAUACAGUGAAACGGACAGUGAACUGUGACCAACCACGCCAUGACAAGUAGGAGUGUACAUGUAGCACGUAUAAGAAUGGUGGAGAGCACAGAAGAGUGAGUGGCUAUCAUCAAAAUUAUAAGCCCAUUUUCAAAUGCAA